GCCUGGACCCGUCCAUCAUAAUGAGCUUCUCGCUACAAAAUGUUGUCUCGUGCAGUGCGCUAAAUAGCGCGAGUCAAGCGCUCUAUUCACAUUCAAAUUGUUAGCAGAGUGCAGGUGCCAAUCAAGAGAAUUGCUUGCUGUAGGAUUUGGUGAGAUCUAGAAAUGAUUCUACAUCGAGGCAGAAGCGAAUAGAUAACUAUGAAGCGACUGAUUUGGAAGACCACACAGUGGAUCGCUUUACUUGUGGCUUCCUUGGGUGUUCUCCUCUGCAGUAUCGUAUCAUGUUUAGAUUGCGGGGAUAACUUAGGCCUCGUCUCGGGUGGUAUCCAUGACUACCAGCUCAGUGCUUCUUCGUACGAGUCUGGAGAGGGAGAACCUUGGUAUGGAAGACUCGGAGACUCGACCAAGAAAAACUGGUGCGCGUCUACCCAGGACACUAACCAAUACCUACAGAUUGAUCUUGGUCCAAAUGAGCACUCUAUCAUGGCUGUAGCAACACAGGGAGCCCAUAAUUAUGACUCAUGGGUCCUAACCUACACUAUGUCCGUCAGCCACGACGGGAAGACCUGGGAAGACUACAAGGAGGGAGGUAGCGUCAAGGUAUUUAGUGGUAACACAGACCGGAAGUCGAUAGUGAAGCACAAACUUGACCCAGCUCCCCAAGCCGUUUAUGUGCGAUUUCAACCAAAAACAUGGAGCGGAGACCUGUGUAUGAGAGUAGAACUGUAUGGCUGUUAUGUUUUGCAUGCCGCCGUUGGACUUGAAGAUGGGAACAUACCAAAUGCGAAUUUCCAUAGCAGAUCAGGUACCGGGUAUUCUGGUCGGCUCAAUCACGCCGACGGACUAAGACCUGACGCCACUCAUCUGGAGACAUUCCAGAUUGACCUUGGCCCUGAGGUACAGACCGUCACUGCUGUAGCUACACAGGGAGCUAAAACAAAAGACGAGUGGACCAAAAACUACACCCUAAGUUACACCCUAGAUGGUACUGUAUGGUACAAGUACAAAGAACUCGGCGAAGUCAAGAUCUUUGAGGGAAACUGGGACCGUGACACUGUGGUCACCAAUCGUCUUCAUCAUAACAUCACAGCGCGGUACUUGCGCUUCGAUCUGUACAUGUACUACCAGCGCCCGUCCAUAAGGGCAGAGGUCUACGGCGGCAAAGCUUGUGACACGGCGUUUGGGAUCGAAAACAAAACAAUCCCCGACUCAAGUAUCAACGCUUCGAGUGUUGCGGGUCCUGGGUACGAGCCAGCGAAAGCUCGGCUGAACGGUAAUGGGGCCUGGUGUGGAGUGUUUUCCACAGAUGGGUUGUACGUUGACCUUGGUAAGGUACGAAAGAUUUCAAAGGUCGGAAUCCAAGGCCACCCAACAGAAGAGAAGUGGACUUCUAAGAUAAAGCUGCACUAUAGCGUAGAUGGGCUGAGGUGGUACAUCUAUGAACCAACCAGAGACAAGCUCGAGCACACAGCAAAUGGAGACAAAACAACCGUGGUUUAUUUGUUACUUGUCAAAGCACGAAGGGCCCGUUACGUCAUGUUUCAGCCAGUGACAUGGCAAAGUGCACCUUGCAUGCGAGUUGAGAUAUAUGGCUGCGAUGAUUGCAACGAUGCAAUGGGGCUACAGCGCUACGAGCUCCCUGACAAAUCCCUCAGUGCAUCCUCCACCUAUUACGCCGGGCACGAACCCUGGUUGGGUCGCCUGUGGGAACAGAGAGGAGAGGGGGCCUGGUGCGCUUUGGAAAAUGACGGCAACCAAUUUCUCCAACUGGACUUUGGUCACCCUGUGCGCGUCCGUGGCGUGGCUACCCAGGGCAAAUACCGGAAGUCGUGGUGGGCGAUUAAGGAGUACGCGUGGGUGAAGACCUUCAAGCUGAGUUACGCCGAGUAUUCCGAUGAGUGGAGCUACAGCGGAUAUAUUGGCAGAUGGAAGUCUUACUCUGAGGAUGGUAGUACUCACAAGGUUUUUGCAGGAAACAUUGGACACGAUGUCGCUCGACACACAUUGUCAAGGACACUUUUAACUCGGUACCUUAGAUUUGUUCCCGUCACUUACCAUGGCUGGACGUGCCUCAGAGUAGAAGUCUUUGGUUGUAAAGUUUGUGAUGAGCCUCUGGGCAUGGAAGAACUACAUAUUAAAAAAGAAGAUCUCCUAGAGUCCUCCGGUUAUAAUAUGAUAUCAGGUGGUGAAAGGCCAGACUUUGCAAGACUGAACUACCCUGGAACAACGGGCUGGAGACCUAACAUAUAUAGAGAAAAGAAAUGGCUUCAGGUUGACCUAGGGAGUGAACGGGCGUACGUCACAGCCGUUGCUACCCAGGGAGACCGAAGAAACUCUUACCGAGGAAUCGCGAAGUACAGCUUGUCGUUUAGCCUUAAUCAGCUGGACUGGGCGGAUUAUCAGGAAGAAUGGGAGACUAGGAUCUUCGCUGCUGAAAAGAUUGCGUUCCAGGUGACUAAGAUCUACCUCCGGCACAAGACACUAGCGCGAUAUGUCCGAUUCUGGACAGAGGAGGAAAUUGAAACUGUCGUCAUGAGCGUGGAGGUGUACGGAUGCCGAGGGGCGUCACCUCUUCUGUCUGGUCCAUCCGCCGCUAAUUCUGCAACCUAUCCAAAGUAUUAUACAGGAAAUCAGACAAAGCUUAUCUACUGGCAUGGCGAGCCCGCAAUAAAUAGCGCAGCGGCUAAUGCAACGUGGUGCGGAACAUCCGGGGAAUUUCUUCGUGUCGAUUUCGGGUCCGUGAAACACGUGCGCGCCGUCUACGUACAGGGACACCCAAGUGAGGCAAAGUGGGUAACGAAGAUUAAAUUUAACCACAGUGCAGAUGGCCUUUUUUUCAAGAGUUAUAUCGGCUACCAUGAGGUCAAGGCUUUCGAUGCAAACGUCGAUACACACAAGAUAGUUCGUUUUUCGAUGGAUCCAGAUAUGACCACACGCUUUCUGCAUAUUAUUCCUGACGCGUUCAACGGCGCACCUUGUAUGCGUAUUGCCAUAUAUGGAGAUAAACCAUGCUCAGAUCCGUUGGGUGUGGAGUCUGGACUUAUAGAUAAUAAAGCAAUCCGUGCCACAAGCUGGAUAACCAUCGACGACAACCCAAAAAAUGCUCGGCUUAACAACAUCGAAGGCGAGGGCGCGUGGUGUCCAAGGACUGUUGACCAAUCGCAGUUCUUGGAAAUCAACAUAGGUCACGUGACCAGAGUGACUAGCGUGGCCACUCAGGGGAGGUUUCCUGUCGCUGAAUGUCAUGUGAUCGAUGCAUGGGUCACAAAAUUCGCGCUGGAGUAUCUUGAUCUCGAUGGAAUGGCCUGGAAAAACUACACCGAGCAAGGUGUAAUAAAGAUAUUUUCUGGAAACACAGACCUAAUAAGUACUGUAAACAAUGUUCUGACUGAGAAGUUAAUCACGAAGGCCGUCAAAUUCCGCCCAAAGGAAUGGCAUACCCGAAUAUGCAUGAGGGUGGAGCUUUAUGGAUGUAAAGAAUACUUCAAGCCAAUUGGUAUGGAGAACCACGACAUUUCAAAUGAGAACAACUUCCAUAUUUUUGAUAGACAGCGUAAUAGUUUUCGACUGAAUCAUCCCCGUUGGUCGGGUAUUCUAUCUGAUUGCCUGGAAUACCAUCAAGACGCAAUGUAUGUUCGCGUUAUAAUGGGAAAGACGCCUUUUAGAGUCGUUGGUAUUGGGAUGCAGGGUCGGAACUAUGAUCAGCAUAUGGUCGUUCAGUACACCCUUCAGUACAGCUCAGAGGGCACAGAAUGGUAUGACUAUAUGGAGGAUGGGGAGAUCAAGUAUCUUACCACUACGAAAUACUACGACACGCAGGGUGUUGCAGUGAGGCAUUUCCGGUAUUCAUUCGUAGCUCAACAAGUUAUGAUAUGGACCGUAGAACAUUUAAGCUCUCCAUGUUUUCGUGUGGAAUUCUACGGUUACAAAGUUGAAAGUGAGCCGAUGGUUAGUAAUAGUACUGCUAUGAAUUCUUCCUCCGCCAAGACGGGUUACGAGCCCUCCAAGGCAAAGCUACUCCUUGGCUCCAGCCACGCGUGGUGUGCGAGCGAUGGCAAUCACUCCUUCAUCCAGGUUGACCUCGGCAGUGACAAGAUUGUCAACGAGGUGGCUGUUGGUGGCCUUCUUAAUGGUAAAGGCCGAGUGUCAACAUUCCGGUUAUCCUCCAGCAAGGACGGGUACCUAUGGAAAGACUACAAGCACGGAGAUAAACCGUUCAAGGUGUUCACAGUCAGCGGUAAUACAUACGAGGCGACCAAGCAUGCGCUGGUGUUUCCAAUCAGUGCACGCCACGUCAGAGUUCACCCGAUCACCUGGGACAUAAGCUAUGACACCCCUUGCUUGACGUUACAGCUGUACGGAAAGGGAGAUUGCGAAGACGCUCUUGGGCUACAGGAGUGGAGAAUACCCCGCUCUGCCAUCUCAGCUUCAUCACGCAUCAGUACCAACUACAUGCCGUGGAUGGCGAGACUGGACUCUACCGAGUACGGUGGAGCCUGGUGCGCAAGGCGUAACGCAGUGGGCGAGUACCUCCAAGUCGAUAUCGGCUUUAUGGCCCGUGUGACCGCUAUAGUACUACAAGGCAAGGAGAGCCCAACCGAGCUACCCUCUCUACCCGAGGCCUGGGUAAAAUUGUUUGUUCUCUGGUUCAGCGACGAUCGUUUUACAUGGGAGGAGUACAAAGUCGGCGGGUUACUCAAGAAACUUAAAGGAAACAAUGACGGAAAAUCCAAAACUACGGUUGAAAUCAGUGGCCAACUCAUCACAAGGUUUAUUCGGAUCUAUCCCCAAACCUGGCAAAACCACAUCUGCAUGAGGACCGAGAUUAUCGGAUGCGAGUAUUGUGGCAAAAGUCUUGGAAUGGAGAGCUACCAUAUCCCCACAAGAGCGAUACAUGCUUCAAGCAUAUAUAACGACUACCAACCAAAACAUGCCCGCCUGAACGUGUUUGACGGGGAAAGCUUCAUCUUCAAUUCCAACCUUCCAGGAGAAUUUAUGGAAAUAGAUCUUGGUCCUGCGAUGAAAAGAGUCAGCGGAUUUGCGAUACAGGGUCGAAUUCACGGUACCGACUUCCUGAAUAGAGUGGCCGUGGCGUACAGUAGGGAUGGUGUCAAAUAUGUGUCGCAUUUAGACGAGGAUGGCAGAGAAAAGAUAUUCAAAGGGGCAUGGGGGAGAUAUGUGGCAUUCAAAAGACGCAUACAUCCGCAUAUCUUCACACGGUACAUACGGAUAGUUCAGAAGAGCGCGUACAAUCAUCCAUCCCUGCGCGUGGAGAUCUAUGGAUGCGACUGCACAGAGGUUCUAGCUAUAACCAAUCUGACCGCUUCCAGUGAAGAGUCUGGUGCCGAGGUUACCAAAAAUUGGCUUCUGUCAGCGGCAUGGUGCGCACGCGCAGAUGACACAACUCCUUAUUUGGAAGCUGACUUACAAACACCUCAAGUCAUAACGUCCAUACUGACGUUCGGGCACCCUGUGUCGGAGGCUUAUGUUGCAAGUUAUAGUGUAUCGUUCAGUGAGGAUAAGAAAACAUGGCAAAAGUAUGUGGAGCGGGACUAUCUGCAGAAGGCGAUGGGUGCGAUAACAAAGAUCAUACAGCGUAACUUUACUCACGAGGGGCACGUGGUAGAUCUGCAGUUUCCAUUCAAGGCCCGUUAUGUUCGUGUUUGGCUAGGUAACAUGACAAGCGGAAGAUGCAUGAAAGUGCAGUUUUUCGGUCGUGACGCAUGCAAAGCAGACCUUGGUAUGCAAACAUCCUUAAUCCCUGACUCGUCAGUCUCCGCAUCCAGCACCCGUAACCUUGGUUACAAACCUAGCUUUGCUAGGAUUGGGCGUCACUAUGGUAACGGAGCUUGGUGCGCUGCUAACGAUACUCUUGGAGAGUAUCUACAGGUUGAUCUCGGGUUUCUUCAUCGCGUCACGGGGGUAGCGUUACAGGCCAAGCUGAAAGACACACAAGGUUUCGUAGAAGCUUGGGUGAAGCUGUUCAUAAUAUUCUACAGCUCGGACGGAAGUACCUGGAACGAGCACAAAGAAAAUGGAGAAUCUAAGGUAAAGGAGUUUCCCGGUCCCUCGUCCAAGUACGACACCUCAAAGGUGGACCUCACGCCUGCUGUCUAUGCUCGGUUCAUACGCAUAGCGGCGAUAAGCUGGGAGACACACGUAUGCAUGAGAAUCGAACUUUAUGGAUGUCGAGCCUGUGGGGAUGCUUUGGGUCUUGAAGACUUCAGGAUUCCUGACAAUGCUAUUACUGCAAGUCGUACGAACGGCAACUUCCUCCCGAAGUAUGCACGGUUCGGCUAUGACCAAAUUGGAUGGUUUCCAAGCAACAAGGAUCUGGAUAACUACCUCCAGGUGGAUCUGGGGAAGAGUAUGGUUGUCACGGGAGUGGCAACUCAGUUUGUACAGCAGAGAACCCUGGAGCUAAAGGAAUAUGCCCUCGAAUUCAGCCAAGACGGGACCACAUGGACAAUGCACAAGAAUAACAGUGGGAAUGUGAUAUUCGAGGGACAUCGAUCUCAUUUGGAGACAGUCAGGAAUGAUUUGGCUCAGAAUAUCACAGCCCGCUAUGUGCGCUUGAGGCCGAGGCUGUGGGCGUACGAGUUGAUGAUCAAGAUGGAACUGUACGGCUGUAAAGCCUAAGAGAGUCUCCGAUGUACAAGAAGCAAUGCUCAACUUUUUAUUCUAUAAUAUAAUGUGCACAGUUCAUACGUUAUUCUAGCGACUUGGAGAUUAGUCCAGUUACAGAUAGGGGACUUGCCCUUUAUGGAUGUAUGGAUUAUUUUCUAAGCUCCUGGUGGUAAUUCACUUUAUUAACCUUUGCCUCUUUGUUACCGUCAUAAGCAUUUUAAAAAGCAAUUUCAGUAAUCAGGUAAUGACUUCUUUUCUCACGAAGUUUAAGUGCUUGAAAAUUGCGAGGCGAGCUAGACAUUCGGCUUGAUAAAGGACUUCAUUUUACACAAAGCUGUUGCAGGCCUCACAGUGUUGGGGCUAGGUACCAUACGGAAAUUUAUACGGGUAAUUUCCCUAUAAUUUGAAAAAUAAAUUAGGGCGGAGCCCGUGCCCUCAGUGCCACGCCCUACAGCCCUGAAGCAGCACACCCUUUAGCCUACUAGUAGGCUUUGAUAGUUUUUCCGGCGGAUUUUUUCUCCCCCCCUCCCCCUGCUGAGCGCGUUACCCAAGAUGGCGGCCGUGGUAUGCGAACGUCGUGUUUUCGGGGUUUUCGUGCCGGAAAAACUAUCAAAGCCUACAAGUAGGCUACACACCCCUCAAAGAGUGAAUCGUAAAUGUUUCAAGACAUAAAGACUGACCCUGUAUUUGGGUCAUUGUGAAAAUGUAGAAUAUAUAGACAAGGGGGACGUGAAAGUAUGUUGGAACAUUUAUUAAUUCAAACUUUUAAACGAGUGUCAUCAGGCAAUGUCAUCAGAGAUGAAAACAUCUGUUGUCUAAAAUAGGCUUUCUCAAUAUUUGCUCCGACGAAGGGCUAACGCUCGAAACGUCAGCGCAACCACUCUGUUUCACAGAGGCGUUUAACAUUCCUUUUCAACCUUGUGUUGAUUCAUACCUUGUCUACACCACGCCUACGCAGACCACCUAGUUUUUCUACAGCUUGCCUUUAGUCUUUCUAGUUAUACAAUUUCUCAAUAUUGGCCCACGCAAUAAAAGUUUGAUGUUUUCUUGUGUCUAAGAGAUAGGUAGCACUGCACAAGAAAAUUGGUCUCCAAACACAACAGUUUUGAUGGGGCUCUAUAUACUCUGCUGGUUAUAAAUGUUUGUCUUUUUUAGCGUUUCUGCUAUAUACAUAUUGAUUUACAUAGCUCUGGGCAUCUCAGCGGUAAUACAGUAUAACCUCGAUUUAACAAAGUACCGAGGGACUGGAGAAAUGUGUUUGCUAUAUCUAGGGUUCGUUAUAUCGAGGUUCUGUUCCAUACGUUUUACUCUUAUUUUGGCCAGGCUGAAGGUAGGAAAUUGUUAGUUAUACCAAGGACUUCGUUAUAUAGAGGUUCGUUAAAUCGGGGUUCUUCUGUAGUAGUAAUAGUAGUAGUAGUAGGUAAAUAUCCAUUAUUGCACUCAGUCUUUUUGUCAUUUUAAAGACACAACAAGGAAAGUAACAGUAUAAGUAGAAGUGUCAUAAAACUGGUGACCCCAGGGGGUAACCUGGCGGUAACCCUGGUUAUAAAGAGUUGAAGACAGUCUGCCAACGCCUCGCUCUCGUGCUCAGAUACCACAGGACCCCACUAACUGAAAAAACGUUGUUGUACUCUUCUUAGUAGCGCUGCUACUGAAGGUCGUCACUGUUAGCGGGUCUAUUUUUCUUAUUUCAGAUUAAUGUAAUGCACCGGUUUAAUGUGCCUGGCUGGAGGUAAGCGCAGGGAGAAAAAGCAUGACCAAUCACAGGCAUACUCCAGGGCCGUAGCAGGGGUUUGGGGUACGCCUUCCCCCCCCCCUCCCCCCCCCAAUUUUUUCAAAAAUUAUAAGGAAAUGACCAGUAGGGGCGUGGCUGUGCCCCCAUUGUUUUCUUAAAAGGGACCUUAAGCAAAGACGACGGCGACGGCUAGGACAACGAGAUCGAAAAGGUCGCUUGGUGAUCAAUUAUAAUUUAAUUGCAAUGGAACAAGCAAAACAUUAUAGUCAGAGAUAGAUAAAAAUAAACUAAGGACAUUAUUUCUACAGUAGCGAACGUGGUUAGAGGAGUUUACACUGCAAACGUCCCGCGUCCUCAAUUGACCGUGAAAGUUGGAGUUUUCACGUCGUGGUUUUAGGGAAAACGGCUGAAAUUUAUCAGACAGAACGCAUUUUCACGUGCUGCUAUUGAAUUCUGAAUCAAAUCUCAUUGUUUUCUGCCGUCGUCGUCCACGUUGCCGUCGUCGCUGCUUAAGGUCCCUAAUGUUUCUGUAUCGUACCCCCUCCCAAUAAUUCGAGGCCUAUGCUACGGCUAUGUACACUAAUCGCUAAAAGUCUGCAAGCAUCAUUUAUUAAUAACUGUUUGUUAGAAUAACUCCAAUAAAUCACCAAAACAACAA